CCAAGAGGUAGUAUUCAGCUUCAUGGUUACUUUCAAAGUAUACACUUUGGUCAUUGACAUGUCUAUCCGAACAACCACAACAACAGAAGUCCUUCUGGAUUUAACCCAUUCACAAAUUUCUCCAGUUUCAUUUGAUAGGAAUGUAUUUUCUUCCCUUUCCGAUUGAUAUGCAUGGCUACCCACAUAUCGUUACCUUCUAAAUCUGUCUCUUCUGCGCUUCAGUUCUCAAUGAGAAACACCUGCAAGCAUCCGCCAUCGCUACCCCUCAUCCGUCAAGAUAGAAUAACCUCCCAUCGACUGUCAUCUUUUCACCAACUUCUCCAUCUCCAGGGCGGGAUACUGAUGAGAAACUGGCGUAUAGUAUAUAGCUUCGUCCACGGGGACCCAUGGGAAAAACGAGCGAUCGUCCAGGACGACCAGCUUUUACCAGUGGUAAAUAAGAAAAACACCAUAGGUCCCAAUGGGAUCGAACUCCGGGAUUUCUUCCUCCAGCGCCUCGAAGCGGUGGUGUCAGAUGCUUCAAAAAGCAUGUGACCUACCUUAUAGAGUGCCCAUACGGCCUCUAACGUAUAAACUGUCGAUCGCGAGUUAUUCAUAACAGUAACUCCCAUACCAUAUAAACCGCAGAACGGUAGAAGAACGGGCACUCAUAUCCUAACCCCCGCUCCCAAAUUGCGGCUCACACCGUACGAGCCCUCUUCAGGUCAAAUUCGGAGAAUUUGGUACAGCCUGUCGACUGUCCUUCCUCUCGAUUUUGCAUUGUCAUCUCGCAAGAGGUGCCAGAUAUUUGAAAUUGUCGUCGUAUUCCUAUGAAGAAAGCCAGCAAAGCUUUGGGCCCGGCGAGAGUGACAAGCUACUUAUACGAAACGACUUUAAUGGAGGCAUACGGGCUUUGCAACGCAAUCGAUAUAUAUCUCGAUGGACCUAGCAUU